GGUGCCUCGAGUACGAUACUGACGAGCGAACAAUGAAUGCUGUAGCUAGAAAAGAUCAGGAGAGUUAUUCAGGCGGAACAAGAAGUAAGCGCUGCUGUAAAGUAACUAAGUUGUAUCUGCUAGGUGGAAGAAGUUGUAGAAGUAUGUAGUUGUAGCAAAAAGAGUAAUUGAAGUAGUAGCACAAGAAGAAUUAGUAAGUAGCUAAAGCUAUAACAACUACAACAUGUGAUCGUUCGAAAUGCUGAUGCGCAGAGUCUCACGGUAAUUCGUUUGGGACGAGCAACAGCAAGAGCCAAACGCCGUUUCACGAUAGGAUGUCGCGAGCAGAGUCGCCAAUGGCCUGUGACAGCAGUCUGCUGUCUACUGGCAAAAAGAAUCGUACCUUCACUUUAAUAUUUUCGUUUCUUGAGUAUUAAAAAAAUUAUCGUAUCCAUCGCAAUCACCAUCUAAUUCCUUACUAGUUCUUUAAUAUCCAACUUAGGUGUUGUUGCACUUGCAUGACAACAACUCCCCGAGGUCGUCUCUAACUGUGGCUAAUUGUAAUUUCGCAUGUUGGUACAGAUGGCUUUCAUCUACGAACGACACCACAGAGACGACGUACUUCGAUAGGAUAUCGAAGCUGUCAGAGAGGUUGCAGGGAUUGCAAGUUGGUUUACAGCAUGAAAGGAAUACGAGAUAUGAUCAGCUAACAGGAAAACUGCAACAUAUCGACGAGCGGCUAACGACAUCACAGGAUGCCAGUGCGAAAAAGUAUCCUCCAAAAUAGGUGAUUCAGAUGCCCUUCAAGGUUCCCGAAUAUUGCAAACCAACUUUGAGUAUCAGAGAAUCAAUUACCCAUCUUGUGAAUAUAUUGCUCAUACUUACCUGCUUUAGAAGUCGUCGUCGUCUCUUCUCUCAUCCUUAGUAGCUUAGCAGCGAAUUUCCCACGGACCGACGACGCCUAGAAGUCCUCUCCGUGACAGGUUUGUUCUCUUGAAGGAGCAGCUUGGUAAAUUUUCGAAAGACCUAGAAGAUGAGAAGAUCGCGAGGGAAAGCCUUGCUGAGAUUAAGUCUCGGGAGGUACAGCAAAUAGACCAGAGGCUGACAGCGGCUUUGGAGCAGGAGCAAAGCAGUCGCAGGGAAAGUGAACAAAGGUACUGUUUUUGGUUUAGCCAGCUCGGGGGCAAGCGCAAGCCGCUCAGAGACACAAACCCCUCAGCCCUCUGCCGGUAGGAGAGUCCGGAGGCUUGUCUCCGUGGGCUGGGGCUACUGUGCUUGCGCAUACUGGGCGGAAGCUUCGGGGGGCCGACGGUGCUCGCCGUGGGCUCUUUUCGAGAGACACUGGACCGCCGUGGACGAAGUGCCAGCAGCCGCGCCGACAGGGGCGGGGCGCGGCCGUCCUCGGAUGAGAAACGCAGAGAAAGGGAAAGGAGGGGAAUGGAGCAGGAGCGGCGCCGGGCUUCGGAGGAGGGUUCUCGCUUUGCUGUGUCUGCGGUUGUGCUUGCAUGAUGAGGCGCGCGCGGUCAUGUUUGACAGACAGAGAGCAGCCCGGGGAAGCGUCUGGCGCCUUUCGGAGGUACUCGGUCCAUCGACGAACACUUGCAGCAUGUUGCACGGCGCCACAUCUCACGGCGGGAAAGCUGAGAAAGAUAGGCUUGCCGCUUUUUUUCGCCUAUACUUUGCACUGCGACAAGGCAGGCGGCGGCGCUUCGGCGGUGUUCCCGUCUUGGCCUGCGUUGGGUCUUCCUUCUUUACCGCUGAGGGAGCUGCAGCGAGCUUCCUCCCAUCUUCUAAAGCCCCAACGUCGAUAGAUUGACGCCAUAGAUGCGUCUAGGGGGCGCGAGGACGGGCGGCCUGGGUGCACGCAGGUGCGUGGCGGAGUGGCGUGGGGCUUCGUGGCGUGUGUGUUGGGCUUUCGCGCUCCGCUGUGCGCCGGCAUGCUUGUGCGCAGCAGUGUCAUCCCUCACGACCUCACCAGGCGCGGCCACCACAGAGCAGCAAAGGGGCCAGCCUCGCAAGAGCCGCGCGCCGCCGGCUGCGGUUGUUGUUGUGUUUGUGGGGGUGGCGGGAUGGGCGUGUGAAGUGGGCGCGCGCAGGUGCCGCCGCUCCUUCGUUGUGUCGUUCGUAUGAGUGUUUUCAGGGUGUAGUGACUAAGGGCGGCCACGCCACUGGCAUGGCCUCAUCUUCGCCGCUUCCUUGUGCGUUUUUGUUAAAUCAAUCAAUCUGGGCGCGCCUUCUCUUCGUUGAAGUGUCAAGAAUGAUAUAAUCGGCAGGCUCCCUCGGGCUCGGCCAUGUAUUUGGUAGCCUCCUGAGAGUCUGAUGCAUGUGCGGAAGUAGGCGUCAGGCUGCUCCCUUUGUUUGCGUGCUCGCAGCUUUGUCGCGGGUGUAUGUGUGUGCGCACUGUCUGUAUGUUUUAUUGCCCCCGUCGCGCCGGUUGUCAUUGUGGUUCUUGCUCAAAGGGCUUCGUACUCUAAGCAGCUUGGGCUUGCCACCCGGCUUGUUGAUCGUCUGUGUCUUUGCGUUGGUCGAUGUUCUUUUUUACAUUGUAAUUCUGUCCUCUUCCUCGCUUGCGUGCUGGGGCUCGCUUCUAGUAGGUGUCGCAACAUCAAUCAACCGGCUUCUUUGCUUCAGCGAAUUGUCUGUCAUUUUUUUGCUCAUCUUCACCAGGUUGCUCCAGCAGUUCGAAGAGAAAAGCAGUUUAUUGAGGGAAGACAUUGUCAAGGAAGGGCGUAUUCGAGCAGAGAAUGAGCAGAAUUUGCGGCGGUAUCUCGAGGUGGAUAUUCCGAAACUGUACGACUCAUUACGGGAUGAGGUUUCAAAUCGCGAGGGCAUGGAGACGCGAAUUCUCAAGCGCGCAAAUGAGGAAAUCCAGCGACUCCACGAAAGUAUCGUAGCAGAGAAGCGAGCAAGAGAAGAAACCGAAGAGGCAAUGCUGCGUACUAAUACUAGCAUGAUAAAAAAUCUGACCUUUGUUGUAAAUAUUUGACAGAUGAAGAAAGUUACCUCCCUAGUUGUAGUGUGGUUAUGAAUGUUGCAAACAAUUUUUAGCAUUACUCAAAUCUUCAUCUUCACAAGCAUCACAAAUAUUAAAUGUUUCAACAUAUUAGGUAAAUUAUCACAGGUAUGAUGGAGGAUGUCGUUUCCAAGAUGCAAGCGGAAAUUGCGCAGGAGCGACGCGAUAGGGAACAGACUGAGGAAACGCUGUUGAAAUUACUGGAGGAUACCUGCAACAAAUUAAACCAAGCUUCACACAGCUUGUAGCGGUACACAAUCGUGAAAACGAUGGAAGGUAAAGCUAAAGGACUCUCUCUCUAGCUGCAUCUCUUUGUCUGCAACUCUAUGAAGACCCGGCUCGUUCUUAUCAUGAUACCAGAGUGAGCUCUCUGUAAUUGAAUCCAGUCUAUUUUUAUUCUGUUUGGGUUUGGGAGCACUUCUAGCUGCAAAUACGACAAGUAUUAAGUUCCAGCUACAUUAAAGAGAUUUUUAUGUCCUAAGCAACUUCUGUUUUCCUAGUAUCGAUUUAUCGUUCAUGAAUACUUGGUAGCUGUCGAUUGUUUCCGGCUCUCGAAAAACGGGGGAGGGAAACAGUCACACUUCGCACAUUGGAUUCAAAACAAAUCACGAAUACUUGACAUGACUGAUGAAACUAAUUUUCGCAUGUUGUAGUUUCAGUAUCUAAAUCUAGUCACAACUGACAAGAAAGAUGGAGUUCUUUCAGUGGUUGGCAAAGUUCUACCCCUGGAAGGUCUUGUUGUUAUUCAAUCGUCGUUCAGUACGUACAAGCAAAAUACGUAAGAACAAGAUAAAAAAGCUGACAAGGAGGGCGAGGCCGGGUACAUACAGAUCAUGAUGGAAAAGAUUCAUGGUGUUCUUGAGGACGAGUACGGACGGAGUGCUGCUGAUCAGCUUGUAGUCGAUGGAUGACUUAAUGUGAGAGUGAG